AGGUGGUGGAGAAGGUGUGCGAGAGUGUGGGUCGGUCGCGAUGCCGUCGUCGUCAUCGCCGGCGGCGGCGGCGGCGGGGGAGGGAUCAGGCAGGAAGAAGGCGGCGGGGCGCCGGCUGGCCGGCGUGAUGCUGCUGCUCCGGCUGGCGUCGCUGUGCUUCGCGGUGGCCGCGGCCGCGUUCGCCGCGACGGACGGCGCUGCGCUCCGGGCCGCGCCGUUCAGGUUCCUGCUCGCUGCGAACGCCAUCGUGGCGGUUUACUCGGCGUUCGAGGUCGCCGCGGCGGCGUGGGAGGUGGCCGGCGGCGCCACGCUCCUUCCCGAGGCCAUGCAGCUCUGGUUCGACUUCGGCCACGACCAAGGGUUCGGGUACAUGGCGCUGGCGGCUGCGGCGGCGGCGGCGCGGGAGGCGGCGACGUGCGGAUCACACGGCGGCGGCACGGCGUGCGUGCAGGGGGACAUCGCGGUGGGGCUCGGGUUCGCGGGGUUCGCGGCGGUGGCGGCGGCGGCGGCGGCGUCGGGGUACCGCCUCGCCUGCUUCCUCGCCACCGGCUCGCGCUCGCCGGCCUCACCGUCCUCCUCCCCCUACUGACCAAUUCAGUGUACUCCGGUCGCCGGAACAAACACCUCUCGGGCAUGAAAAUCUGCAGUGUCAUGCUCGCCUCGAGCUAGCUAAGCUAGCUUGGACCUUGGAUAGCUCUAGCUGCUUAAUUAAUUAGCGGCCUAGCCUUAAUUAAUUACAGUAUGUGUUAAGCUGCAUGCAAAUCGAUUAGAUAUAUAGUAUCAGAGUGCUAUGUGUAUUUUGUGUGAGUGCUGCUGUUGCAAGUUGCACGAGAAGAGAACUAGCAAAAGAAAUCGAAGAAAAUGAGAAGCUUAUUAAUUAAUUAUAUUAUAUGCAGCAAUCUCAAACAAAACGACCGAUAUCAUCAAUUCGAUUUAUACGUGUGUAACGGUGUGCGCGCAUGUGUAAUUAUAAGAAUGAGUAAAGUGUAUGAAAGGAUAUUCAACUUGUUUAA